AUGUACCAUUUACAACAACAACAACAACAACAACAACAACCACAACAAAAACAACCACAACAACAACAACAAAAACAAAAACAACCACAACAACAACAACCACAACAAAAACAACCACAACAACAACAACAACAAAAAAAAACAAAAAAAAAACAACCACAACAAAAACAACCACAACAAAAACAACCACAACAACAACAACCACAACAAAAACAACAAUAACAACAACAACAACAAAAGCAACCACAACAAAAACAACCACAACAAAAACAACAACCAAAACAAAAACAACCACAACAACAAAAACAAAAACAACAGCAAAAACAACAAAAACAACAACAACAAAAACAACAACAACAAAAACAACAACAACAACAACAACCACAACAAAAACAAUCACAACAACAACAACCACAACAACAACAACCACAACAAAAACAACCACAACAACAACAACCACAACAACAACAACAACAACAAAAACAACCACAACAAAAACAACAACAACAACAACAACCACAACAACAACAAAAACAACCACAACAACCACAACAACAACAACCACAACAAAAACAACCACAACAACCACAACAACAACAACCACAACAACAACAACCACAACAACAACAACCACAACAA